AUUGACUGGUCGGUAAUGAUCUGGCCGGUAACAGGAUGGGCUCGCCGCAGCCGCAGGCGGCAGCCUCCUCUUUUUACGUUAUGCAUGUUUCCUGGGUAUCAUCCAGUAAUGGACGAAACUCGAGCGGCGCUGCCCGGCGAGCGGGACGCCGCCGGGUGCGGAAACGCCAACAGAGGGCCUCGGUGCCCGGCGGCGGUGGCGCCCCCAGUGAUGCGGUAGUGCGGCUUGAAAUCAAUAGGUGGCGCUGUAGACCGUAAAUGGGCGCAUCAAAUGUUAUUGAUUGCAGUGGGCAAGUAAACGUGUUGGGCAAAUCGGUUAGCUGUUGAGCGCCGACGGCGGCGGCUGGCGGGCGGCGGCGGCGGGGCGUCAGACGCGCUCAGGCGGCCGGCACGUGCGAGUGUGUAUCGCGGCGCUGGUGGUCGGUUCAGCGAGUGUGCGGCGAUAGAGUGAGGCGGCGUGCGCGUGGGAUGCGUGUGUGCAGAGAAUGUUCCCCGGUAUGAACCCAGCGGCAGCGGCGGCCGCCGCCCGGCACACGGCACCUGGACAGCCGGGACAGCCGUUCAAGUUUACUGUCUCAGACUCGUGUGACCGAAUUAAAGAAGAGUUCUCAUUUCUGCAGGCGCAAUAUCACAACCUGAAGCUGGAAUGCGAAAAGCUGGCCAGCGAAAAGAUUGAGAUACAGCGCCACUAUGUGAUGUACUACGAGAUGUCCUAUGGACUCAACGUGGAAAUGCACAAACAGACGGAGAUCGCCAAGCGCCUGAACGCCAUCCUGGCACAGGUCAUGCCUUUUCUGUCACAAGAGCAUCAGCAGCAGGUGGCCUCGGCAGUGGAGCGGGCCAAACAGGUCACCAUGGCAGAACUCAACCAGAUCAUCGGCCCUCAAAGAGCGGACCUGCCCCGGCUAUUGCAGCAGAUGCACGCGCAGCAGUUGCCACACUCGCACGCUCCGCCGCUCUCCAUGAUGCCCCACCCGGGACUGGCCGGGCCGGGACUGCCGCCCUCCACAGUGGCAAGUCUCCUGGGUCUGACCGGCCUGGCAGGAGGUCAGGCAGGUCACCCAGCGGCCCUCUCCAACCCGAAGCAGGACAGCAGUCGGGACGAGACAAAGACCUCUUCCACAGUGACAGGUGGUGGGCUGAAUUCAGAUGACAAAAACAGAAAUCCUUCAGUGUCUCCGGCCACGCGGGAUAAGUACCAUCGUAAUCGCAGCCCAGAGACAGACAACAAACGCAUGAAGAAAGAAGAGAAAACCGAGGGCAGCGAGGGCGAUAAGAGUGACCUUGACCUGGUGGUGGAUGACGCCAAUGACGCCACCAGUGGGGGUGUGACGUCACCCAAAGAGAACGGCCUCGAGCGGCUGCACCCCAAACGAGAGCCUCAGAGCCCCCACAGCGGCACGUCCUCCAACGCCAGCACUCCCUCGAUGAGGAAGAUGGAGGACAAGCCGACCACCCCCAACUCCUCCGCCUCCACUGGAGUGGCCCCCGCCGCCAGUCUGGUCAACGGAAAGCCGGUCGGCAAGGCGCCGCCCAUAGGUCCGUUCGGACCGUUCAACCUGCCCGGAUCAGCGGCGGCCACCUCUGAACCGUACAACUUGGCCCCCCACGGAGCAGCGGCCGCCGCCAGCGCCUACCGCGCAAACAAUGAUCUCAAUUUCCACGCAAGAGGAGCGGGUCUAAGCGGCAACAUACCGGGAGGAAAGCCGGCGUACAGUUUCCAUGUGUCGGCGGACGGUCAGAUGAUGCCCGUGCCGUUUCCCACGGACGCCCUGCUGGGCCCCGGCAUCCCGCGCCACGCGCGCCAGAUGAACACGCUCAGUCACGGAGAGGUGGUGUGCGCAGUCACCAUCUCCAACCCCACCAAGUUCGUCUACACGGGCGGCAAGGGCUGCGUCAAGGUCUGGGACAUCGGACAGUCCAACGCCAAGACGCCCGUCUCGCAGCUCGAUUGCUUGCAGCGGGAUAACUACAUCCGUUCGGUGAAGCUCCUACCGGACGGUCGAACUCUGAUGGUUGGCGGCGAGGCCAGCACUCUCAGUAUCUGGGACCUGGCCGGGCCGACUCCCCGAAUCAAGUGCGAGCUGCCCUCAUCUGCGCCGGCGUGCUACGCGCUGGCCAUCUCUCCCGACUCGAAGGUGUGCUUCAGCUGCUGCAGCGACGGCAACAUCGCCGUCUGGGACCUGCACAACCAGCAGCUGGUGCGCCAGUUCCAGGGGCACACGGACGGCGCCUCGUGCAUUGACAUCUCGUCCGACGGCAACAAGCUGUGGACGGGCGGUCUGGACAACACGGUGCGCUCGUGGGACCUGCGCGAAGGUCGCCAGCUGCAGCAGCACGACUUCAGCUCUCAGAUCUUCUCGCUGGGCUUCUGUCCGACCGGCGAGUGGCUGGCCGUCGGCAUGGAGAGCUCCAACGUCGAGGUGCUGCACGUCAACAAGCCCGACAAGUACCAGCUGCACCUGCACGAGAGCUGCGUGCUCUCGCUCAAGUUCGCUCAGUGCGGCAAGUGGUUCGUCUCCACCGGCAAGGACAACCUGCUCAACGCCUGGAGGACGCCCUAUGGCGCAUCAAUAUUCCAGUCGAAGGAGUCGUCGUCGGUGUUGAGCUGCGACAUUUCCGCCGACGAUAAGUUCAUCGUCACCGGCUCCGGAGACAAGAAGGCCACCGUCUACGAAGUGAUAUACUAAGACAAUCGCCGCCGACAGCGCCUCUGGUGGCCGAGCGGCGAACCUCAUAAGUGAUAAUGCGCGAGCCUGGUCUUCACUCUAGUCAGGACGUAUAUGUACAAUUCUCACCGGGAAGGGAUUCGAAUCAAAAUACGUCCUAUUUUUGUGUGCUGGUGUCGCGGCGUCGCGGCGAUUUCUCGGUAUAUGUGCGAGUGUGUGCGUUUGCGGGCGUGUAUACUAUGUGUGGUAUACGUGUACGCGUGUAUCGCACGUGCACGUGCGUUGGGAGACAUUUCUCGUUAUUUACCUUUCUCGACAAUGAUCGGUGCGUCGCUGUGUGUGUGUGGUGUGUGAAGGGUGGGGCCUGGUGUGGCCGAGUCAAUUUUAGUCGCUACUCUGUGUGUGAACGGUGCCGCCAUUUUGCGAUUGGCACUGUGGUCAGGUCAUGGAGCCGACUCGGUACAAAGACUGGCCGAUUUCACAUACAUACACUAGAUGACUGCUGCUUGUCCGCGCGUGUACCCAAGUGUGUGCAGAGCACGGGCUAAAACGCGUGGCAAGUGAGUCUUCUAACUUGUUCCAAAGCACACCGAAACUGAGCGCAUAUGCCGGAUCGAUUAACAGUCAAAGAUCGCAUCCCGAUUUUUGUUACGAGCUCGUGUCCGUGUGCGGCGGAACUGUAUGCGUGUCUGUGGAUGUAGUUCAGUGUGCCCUUGUCCGUCCUUCUCUCCCCGUCUCCCCAGCCCAGCACCCCCUCUCUCAGAAGUGGUGAUCGUAGAAACAGUACAAACCCGAUCAAUCGCCGCGCCGAGCAGCUGAUUGGGUCCCUCUCGCUGUGGCAUUAGAAAUCAUAGAAUGAUGGUUCAGUAUCAAAGAGAGCACGUCUGCCCAAAAGAGUCGUACCUACUUCGCUAUUCGCUUCUUGAAAACUGCAAACGCAGCAGCACCACAUACAUUACGGCGUCAUUGAAAAGGGGCGGUACAUUAGCUUUAUAAUGCAGUUCCUUGUGAUGCUGAUGGAAACAUUCUGAGCGUCGAUGUUGGCGGAACUGCGAGGAGCAUAAUAUUGAUGCAGCAUUGAGCACUGUCGGCUCCGAGGUUCAUUUGGAGCUCUGCCCUUUGCCCAAUGGCCCUCACCGUGUUUGAAAUUAUUGAAGUUGCUGAACAAAACUGCUAAAGAUUCCUUCAAAUUGUACAGAAAAGCAACCAAUGCUGAAACAUUCUUAGGCGUCUGUAUCGAGCUUGAAUAAGUUUGAUUGUGCCCCCUUGGAGCAUUUAAUAUCACCUUUUUGGAUUUGCCAAAGAACUUGCUGGAAAAUUAUGGUUUAUUUUUGUCGUGUGCUUCUGCAGAAGCACAGCCACGGCUAUGCAGAAACUGGGGUUGUUAAGGUAGGUACUGAAACUGGCAAGGUAUGUAUGUACUUGCCAUUUGGUUUGGCAAUAUUUACUGAGUGUAGGUAAUAUCGUUUUUUCAGCUGUAGUCCCGUCGUAACAAUGCAUAUAAUUAAUGCCUUCCUCCAAAUUACCUCCAAAACACCUCCUCCAAUUGCCUCCAGACUUAGCAACAAUGCUGAUCAAUCGCGUUUUAUUCAGCAACAAGUUUUCAUCAGGUGAAACGUUUACAAAAGGUGCCAUUUUUUGUUAAUUAAUCCCUACGAUCUAGUGCGACGCCAAUGAUCUGAAUGGUCACUCAUUACUGCAUUAUUUUCAUUCAUUCAAAACAGUCGCAUCACUAAUUGAGAGCGUUCAUAACCGCGUCCUGUAAAUAGCCCGAGAAGCAAGACCGACGGUCGUCUGUUACCUCCACUUUACAUAGAGGACGCCAGCUGCCAUUGUCAUUUGCCGAGCGGUCGCCUCCCUCCUCUCUCCUCCCCCAUCCUCUUCCUCCCCUCCGGCGGUUGGUCGGUAAAUAUACCCUCCCCUCCCCGCUCCCCCGGCCCUGGCACCCCCUCCCGCAGAUUGUUGAUGUUAUUUUAGAUGUGUCGCCGGCGGCUGCCAGCCGUGGCUGGUCGGUGCCAAUAAAACGGAGACACACCACAGC